AUGGAUGACCAAUUAUCAUUUGUAUUUUUCGAAUUUCUCAUGGGUGCCCUGAACUUCUUUGGAAUUGUUUUUGUAAUUCUCAUUUUGAACCCUAUCGUUUUUAUCCCUACAUUGCCUCUUCUCCUUCUGUUUUUCCUACUUCGAGUUGUAUAUCUCGCGUCAUCACGGGAUGUGAAGCGCCUUGAAGCCACUACUCGAAGUCCUCUCUAUUCGUACAUCUCUGCAUUUAUGAAUGGCUUAUACACUGUUAGAGCUUUCGGCAGGCAAAAAGAAGUGAUACAGGAAUACCAUCGAGCUCAAAAUGUGAACACGGCUGCUUUCGGUCUCACAUUAUCCACUUCUCGAUGGUUUGCCGUCUGCAUCGACUGGCUCGUGGCAUUGUUUGUUUCCGUGGUUGCAUUCUUCAGCGUAUUCACACCAGCCUCCAUGAGCUCCGGAGAAGUGGCAUUGAUGUUGGUUUAUGCUGUCCAGUUGACGGGAUUCUUCUCUUGGAUCAUGCGUCAGUCAGCUGAACUGCAGAACGGAGUGGGUAUUUCAAGAAUAGCGCGCGUUUGUCUUCCAAUAGCAAAAUUCUUUCUAUUUGUGAAUGAAUUUUUCAACUUUGCUGUCUUUCAUUCAUAA